AUGGAGAGCGCAGACCCGAUCACGAAGGCAAAACUGUUCGCCUCGCAUGAAGCCGGUGAGUGGAUACCGAUCGGGCUUGGUGUUGUUUCCAUCGUGAAAGAGCCGCUUCCGACAAGCUCCGUGGAUGGUUCCAUCGACGGUGGCUGCGACCCGGAGGUUUCCAUAAGAGGAGGCGGAAAGCGAGGGAAGGCGACGGACGAAGAGGCAAGCACAAAGCUCGCGGCGCGGCUGCAGAUGUUCUCCACUGACAACCCAAGCGACCUCCUCCUCUCCAGCUGCGUCAGUCUGGACGAUAUCUACACCAUCCAGGACGAGACCAUUCUUGUGUGGUAUGACGAGUCGGUCAGCAACGACCUCGCGUGCAGCUUCGAUAACAAGGAGGGCUGUGACCUCAUCUAUCGCCAGAUCAAGUCGUAUCAGCAGUCGGAGAGGCUGCGGCGCGUGCAGGAUGAACGCGUGCCAGCGCUUGCGGACAGGUUUCUCGUGCACCCACACAACCUUGCCGGCAUCCUGGACGCGGCACAGUCGCAGAACAAGCGCUUUGGCCUCUACGUCCGCGAGGACCCGCAAUACUUCACGAAGCUGGCUCAACUCUUCCACAUCAGUAGAGAGAAGGAGGAGACCACCUCUAUGGAGCUCAUUGCUCAUAUUGUCCUGGCGCUCUUUCAGUCCCCGUACAACACAGAGGGAAAGAUCGUCGCUCAGCUCGUAGAGAACGAGCGCAUCGACGACUGCAUCGACAUUGUGCAGUACGGCCUUGGCCGCCGCGACAAGGAGAGCGGCUUUGUGAGCUUCGAGGAGCGGCGCGCCACCUUUCACGACCCGUGUCACCUGCCAGAGUCGAUGCUGCCUCGCAUCCACGUCUUGUACUCAUGUGGGUACUUGAGGGACUUAAUACCCCUAAGCCUCGAGCCAGCCGAUGCGGCCUCCUACUCCCUCCUCAGCACCUUUACGCUGCGCUUCACCAUGACUCUAAUGACCGACAUUGUCGCGUCGCCCACUAUCCUCCCAAAUGCCUUCCGCGCGGCUGUGGAUGCUGUGCGCCUCGAUUCCCCCGCCAUGGACCCCGCCUCUAUCCAUCCCGGCAAGGUGGCGCACCUGUUUGAGUUGGCGGCCUUCAUCGGAGACGUCGCCAAGACAGUCAAGAACGCGAUGAUCGGCAUUGACACGCGGACAGAGAUCUUCUCCUCGCUCGUGCGCGUCGGGGUCCUGCCGUUUCUGACGACGGUGUUGGAAUGUGCACUGCGGUACUACGAAGGCGCAUUGGCGUACCCCCCGGCGCAGCAGUGGGCGGUGAGGCCCCCCCGCGCGGUGCAGCUCGUGUGCGACACCCUCUACAGCUGUGCCGCGCACUUUCCAGAGUGCAUAGAGGAUUUAGUGGCCGAGGCAAACGCCGCUCCAGGCCGGUGCCUGUUACAGCUGCUGCUGCGCACCAUCACGGUGGUCCGCUCGAGUGCGGAGGCGCAGUCCGUCGUUGAUGUCGUGCAGUGCUGCGGCGUUGGCGUUCCCCUGACGCUCGCUAUGUUCGGCGACAAUACACAGCUGGAGGCGCGCCGGCACGAGGUGAUGCGCUUCUGGAUCGAAGGCAACGUGGUGGACCGCCCGCCGCUCUUCUACCUCGCUGUGCACCUCGCACAGCUGCUGGAACAAGCAGCAGGAGCGACGGUGGCAGCGUUACCACUGACGGGUGGCACCAACGGUGUCAGACUCCCGUUCACGGCCGGUGCCCUUCAGCUGUCGUUGGUGCAAGAGCGGCAAGUUGUGUACGGCCUGCGCGUUAUCGCGGUCAUCAUCUCCAAGGCUGACUCGUCGCGGUGCAACAGCCUGCUCGAGCUGCUCACGUUGUCGAAGCUGAUGCCGGCACUGGCCACAACGCUUGUGUCACCACAACGGCGGAUGGCAAACUUGCAAUCCUCUGUUACCUCUUUUCUGGUCACCGUGCUAAACCGUCGCGAUGCGCGGCUCGUGACUCUCGCCACCGGUGAUCUCACACCGAGUCUGCUGCACACGGCGCUCUUGCUAUAUCUACAGUGCGGCCACCGCGACAAUCUGCUUAGCUCAUCACUGGCGCACCUGAUCGCCGCUGUCUGCGAGGGAGUUCACCGUGAGAAGCUUCAAGGCACCUUUUCCAUGAACAGCGGUGGUUCCUUUGGGCCGAGCCCGUUUGUCACCAUACUCCGUGGCGACGACUCCAUCAGCAAGACAGAGCAGACGUUCCCGGCAUCAGUGCCGCCGGCGCGGCCGUUCGAGGCGGUCGCCUCCGGUAUACUCUCGCAGUUCGGUGAGCAUCUGGCGAAAAAAGUGCCAGUGUUGUACGAACGGCUGCAGAAGGCACUGGAGGAAACCCCAGAGCAGGCGCAGCUGGCCGAAGCGGAGAGCUCUAGCCUCACCAGCUCGGUGGAGCGCUCCGGCAUAUCGGGCUUCGCCGACUUCGACGCCGCCGCCAUUGACUUUGGCCUCGAGUCACCGCUUGGCACGCCAAUUGUGGACGGCGGCUCUGAGGCACGUCUGCGAGGCCUGAUUCACACCACUUCCACGACCAGCGACGAAGACAACGAGGCCGAAGACGAUCCGCUUGCGUCCCUCAGCAGUAUUGACGACGACUCCGACAACGAGGAGAAGGAAACAUCAGUGCCCCCGCCGGCACAGACGUCGGCAUACUUGCCGAGCGCAGCCGACUUCUCGCCUGGCGCGACUGCCGCAUCAAGUGCGGCUGAACAGCGCAGCGGCGACACGACCUGUGUCCCAUCCUCUGCUGUUCCGACUUCUCUCGCAUCGUUUGCGGUGACCACCUUGGACUGUGCUGAUCCGCCUAGUGGUCGGAACUCGCUGCUGGAGGACGAAGAGAGCCGUCUGCCGCGGCGAGCGAGCCUCAAGCGCGGCCGCUCAGACUGCGACAAGCUGAACGACAACGAGGAAGAGGAGUCUGAGGCAAGGCGGGUUCAUGUGGAGGAGUCUGCAGCGUGA